CAGUGUAGUGAGAGUUGUGCGUGCGUAGGAACGUUGUGAGUGAUAGUGACGUACUUCAUUGAAGGAUUUAGUUAGUGUCAAAACACCAAAAUAGUGAUAACUUGAAUCUCAACUACUGCAGAUCUAUAACAUAACGUGAGGGGCUGAGUCACGUGGUUUAUCCCCCAGUGCACCCUGCUGCAGCGUGGCCAUGCCGGGUGAAAAGAUGAUGUGGAGGUGUCGUCUGCAAAAUGCCUCUCCAGUUAUGAGUCAGACCUUACAAGGAACUGCGUUCACACAGGGGUUCCAGCCAGUGGGCUACUACGAGUGCCCGGGCUGGACCCUCCCCUCAGAUCUGAUGGAUACAGACAAACUGUCUCCUCCCUCCCCCUCACCUACACCUACCCCUGCGCCUACACCGGCCCAGCGGGACAACAAGCAGGAGGUCAAGCUCAGUGCUAUGCCAUGGUUCCACGGGAAGAUCUCAAGGGACAGAGCAGAGCAGCUGUUGAGCCCCAAGCAGGACGGCCUGUUCCUCGUCAGGGAAUCCACCAAUUUUCCUGGGGACUACACAUUAUGUGUCUGCUUCCAGGGCAAGGUGGAACACUACAGAGUAAAGUACAAAGACAACCAGUUAACCAUAGACGACGAGGAGUUUUUUGAAAACUUGUCACAAUUAGUGGAGCAUUACGAGCAAGACGCAGAUGGUCUUUGUACGCAGCUCACAAAAAGUUUACCUAAAAAAGGUAAACAAGAGUUUUGUGUAGACACAAAAAAGUUCAUAGAAGCUGGAUGGGUGAUUCAGGAAUAUGAACUAGAACUGAAAGAGUCAAUAGGGAAGGGAGAGUUUGGCGAUGUGAUGCUCGGUAUCCUCAGAGGGGAGAAAGUCGCUGUCAAGAUGCUCAAAGAUUCAAGUGAAGCCGCACAGAAGUUCCUUACAGAAGCCUCGCUGAUGACGUCACUGAGACACGAGAACCUGGUACAACUGCUGGGGCUGGUGUUCAAAGACAAGCACAUCUCUCUGGUCACAGAGUAUAUGAGCAAGGGCAGCCUCGUGGACUACCUCAGAUCACGGGGCCGCCACCACGUUACCAAGAGAGACCAGAUCUGCUUUGCUGUAGAUACAUGUAGUGGGAUGGAGUACUUGGAGUUGAGGAAGGUGGUUCACAGAGACCUUGCGGCUCGUAACGUCCUCAUCUCAGAGUCCGGGGUGGCCAAGGUGGCAGACUUUGGACUGGCGAGAGAGGAGAACUACAACCUGGACUGUGGCAAGCUGCCCAUCAAGUGGACGGCACCAGAGGCCCUCAAACAGGGGAAAUUCUCAAAUAAGUCAGAUAUGUGGAGUUUUGGAAUCCUACUGUGGGAGAUAUAUUCCUUCGGUCGUGUGCCUUAUCCAAGAAUACCCUUGGCUGACGUUGUGAAACAUGUUGAGAAGGGUUACAAGAUGGAGGCACCUGAAGGAUGUCCACCAGAAGUGUAUGAGAUCAUGAGACAGGCUUGGGAUCUGCUGCCAGACAAGAGACCGACGUUUAGAGAGGUGAAAGCUAAACUGGCUUUGCUGAAGACUACAACCGUCUAACAGAGACUAACUCAACUGACUUCGUCCAUGUAAAAAGUGAACAACACUAUUUUAUAUUGUAAUGUAAUGUUAUACUUGUACAAAUUGUAAUUGGUUUUAAUUUUAUCUGUUUGACUGUUUUGUUUUAUAGAUUUAUUGUACAUUAAAACUAUAUUUCUGUAUAAUAUUUAAACACUAACUUCUCCUCACGUAAAAUAAAACAUAUACAACAACAA